UUCCCCCGUUGCAGCCAGUCAGCCUGAGUUAGGCAGCGACUAUCGACGGGACUAGAGGUGUAUGCGCGGUGUCGCGCGUCGCCGGUCGUCCUGUAGUCACCGGGGUGGGAUCCGGCGGAGCCAGCGAAGAAAUCGCCGAUCAACGCGAGUUAAAUGGCACGUUGCACUGCGGUGACGUCACCAUACAAGUGUCACGGGGUCCUGGUGAGAUCAUCGUCAAAGGCGUCGUCGUCGUCGGGCCGCAUUGUGAGCGACACUUUAUUACGUAACAUUGUUAUGGGCAAUGACACGCGUGCGGGGCGGAGGCUGCCGGGACGUUCAACUUGCGCGGAAUCCAAUUAGCGGGCGGUACAUGUUCCGCAGCGGAUCGGCGACAAUCCCGUUUAGUUUGCACGACUGAAAAGAAUGUCACGUAAACGACGAAUCAGAGAUAUGUAUAGAAAAUAUGAGAAACGUCGUAUUGAGAAAUGAGAUGAUACUCAAGAGACUGUAAUCUCAACGAAAAUGUCACAGACAGCUAAAAAGACUUAUCUUCAGGAAUAUAAGAUGAAAAAUUGAAUAGUCUGAGACGCAGGGAUCGGUGCCAUGCAGGUCCGUCUAGAUGGAAAGCUGGCGUUGCUGUACACUUUAUUGGUCUUGCAAGUUCUGAUUGUUAUGAUUUAUGUCGCCACAACUCCGCCGCCCGAGCUAGCUGUGUCAACGACUCGCACGUCCGUCAGUUUCGUCAAGUUCGAAGCGUCGCAGGAGCUGCAUGUAAAUCAGGGCAAUCGCAAAAAAGCACCAAUCUACCAGACAAUCAAUGGGGAAGUAACGCUGAAGGAUGUAAAGACGUUUAAGCUAUUUGAAGUAUACAAUCGUACCGUGUGCUGGAAAUAUGGAGUGGACCACCGUAAGAUGAAAAAUAAUGAGCAUCUAGAGAGAUGUAUCUGCAAUCAAGGGUGGCAUGGCUUGGACUGCGGACAGCCAGAAGUCGUGUGGAGGGCGAUUAUGGCGUCGAAACAGAACGUCAGCCUAAAACGUCGCAAAACCGCCAGGCACGUUAUUCACACCUUUUUCGUAAACGACUACAACUCUGGCAUCGCGGAGGUGAUAGUGGAAGAGCUCUACAACGUGGUGGACCUUUUCGUAAUAUGUGAUUUCAACAACGCCGAGGAUAACUUCCGACACAAGUUGUCCAAGGGCUUGCUGCAGCGGGAGCAAAAAAAGAUCCUGUAUAUCAACAUGGCGAGCAAGUCCCACAAGCCAUCCAGGAUAGUAUCGAAAUACGUCUGGGAUAAGAUCAGGGCUGUGGUGCAGAAUUUGAGGGACGACGAUCUUUACGUGACGACGGAACCGGAGCAGAUACUCAACUCCAGGGCAUUAAUGUUCCUCAAGGUGUACGACGGUUGGCCUCAGCCCAUCGGAUUUAGAUUAAGAUGGUCGAUAUAUGGCUUCUUCUGGCAGCAUCCACUCAAGACAGCAAUCACGCUCGGCGCGUAUACCGUCGGUUUGAUGCGCAAUGCCUAUCAGUCCAACUCGCUUGUCCUACGACAGCAGUUAGACGGAGACACCAGCGAAAGAGAUAUUUUAGGAUUAGUCAUAGGGGACUUGAAUCACUACGGCGGGUGGUACUGCAAUUUGUGCCAGGCGCCCGCGAACAUUAUUAUCGGUCUUCGCAAUAAAGUACAGUCUAAUGAAAUUUAUAUCGAGAAGACUAUCGACGUGCCGUUCGUCGAGGACCUAAUAGGUAGCGGAUUAUGGUUGGACGGUAAAACCGGUCUUCUAAGAGUCUCUAAGUCCAGCGAUUCCUAUUUCGCGCCAGAAACGAUUCUUAAUAACACGUGGAAGUACGACUGGCUGGUAGAGAAUUUUUAUGCUAAGCUAGAUUAUUACUGACGUACUGGUCGCACCCGACUGUGAUAUUAACUUAUACUCGAUAUUCAAUGUAUAUACACUAUGUAAUAUUAUACCGAAUUUAUACACUAAAAUAUUACGUUGAUGAAAUAUAAAUGUUAAAUGGUUUAUACAUAUAA